AUGCGUCGGGCCCAGCAGGGUAUGGAUUCUAUUCAGGUGACGACCCGUCAGCUUGAGACUUUUGUACGCCUCACACAAGGAUGGAUCUUGAAACAGCAACUCUACAUCACGCUCAAGACGCGAUCCCCAUCCUGCGGUACAUUUGUUUGUUUUUCUCCCUCACCUUGUGACGUCGUUUCGGUUCGUUUGUUGUUUGUUCGUUUCGUUACUCAGUUGAAGCGUGAGUUCGACCGUUUUGGUGCCAUCAAAAAGAUCGAAUAUAACAAAGGGGACACCCAGGCCUACAUUCUGUACGAUUCUAUUGAUGCUGCUACGGCUGCUGUGAAGGAAAUGCGUGGAUUCCCGUUAGGGGCACCGGAUCGUCGUAUUCGUAUCGAUUUUGCUGACAACGGAACAACACCAUCGUUCUCAAAGCGCAGUGGAUGUUUUGAGGAAGGCGGUGAGUAUCGUCGCGCCCCCGACUACGAAUAUCCGGAAGGUGGUGCAUCAUACGAGGAAAAUUCAUUGUACGGCUAUGGUGGAAGACCGUUCCGCGGCAGAGGAGGAUUCCGCGGGCGUGGUGGUUUCCGUGGCAGUUUUCAUAGUGAUGGCCCACCGCACCACGGGGACAAUGAUGAAUGGCGUCGAUCAGGAGCCGAUGGCGAAUAUGAUUCACGCCGUCGUUCUGGAUCACGUGAACCAGGAAUCGAUAGAUCUCGCUCCCGUUCACCGAGGCAACGCAGUCCGGCUGAUUCGGAUUCUGAUUCGUCUUCUCAUAGGAAUGGCAUGUUAUCGAAUGCAAGAACGUUACCAGAAGUCGCACGGAAAUCUACCACAUUCUGGCAAGGGGCGCUGAUUUUGAAGAGUUCACUAUUCCCCACCAAGUUGCACCUAACGGACGGAAACAACAAAAUAGUGGACAGCCUGAUGAAGGACGAGGAAGGUAAACACCACCUUCGUAUUACUCAGCGACUACGCCUCGAUCAACCCAAGUUGGAAGAUGUGCAGUAGCGCAUAUCGACGUCAUCGUCGCACGCAAUCUUCCUCGGCCUGCCGGGAUCGACGUCAUCGGUAGCAUCGUCGGAUGAUGCCAGCGUUCAGACGCGUCCACUGCGUAAUCUCGUGUCCUACUUGAAGCAGAAAGAAGCGGCCGGCGUUAUUUCCUUACUCAAUAAGGAAACGGAAGCAA